UACGUGAGAGCCAGAGAGAGAGAGAGAGAGAGAGAGAGGGAGGGAGAGAGCUGAAAAAGCAGCUUGUGGGUCUUCUCAGUUAUGAAGCAACAAGGCCACUGUAGCUAGAAAACUAGUAUCUCGGGCUGUAUACAGAGAGAGAGAGAGAGAGAGAGAGAGAGAGAGAGAGAGAAAGAGAGAGAGAGACAGAGAUGGCUAUUGGGUCAAAGAGCAAUAGAGGUAGGCCUUAUGCACUGAUGCUGCUGUUGGCUUUUGGGGCAGCUGUUUUGGGGGUGAUGGUCCUCCACAAGCUCAGAGAGAAGCGUCUCUACAACAUCCUCAUCAGCGAAAAGGACCGAGAACUCAUUUCUCUUCAGCUCUUUCUGCAGAAAGAAAGAGAUUCUGCCAAAGAAAUGAAAAGAAAAAUUGAAGAAAUGAAGGUCAAAGCAGUCGCCCUGAGGACCCAAAAGAUGGGACUUUCUAACAAGAUCAUGGAAAUGCAAUCCAUGAUAGCAUCCCUUAAAGGAGAACGAAGAGCCUUGGAAUCAGCGAUCGAGGAGAGAGAUAACAGAAUCAAAAUUCUAGCAGAUAAGGAAACAAAUGCGACUGAGGGAAACCUUCAGGUGACAGCUCUAACAGAGCUUUUGAAGCAGAAAGAUUCUGAAAUUGAGGAGAUGAAACGCCGCCUCAGGAAGCCAACUAAUGUCUGGUCGGUUAGUGCCGGUAACUCAUCAAAGCUGCCCGUAAAUGUUACUGUGGUGGAAAAUGUCCAAGUCAAGGAUGAAAAUAUGGCUUCAGCAGAGAAUGCUACAACCUCCCAAGAUGGUGAAGCUUUGGCAAAGGGAGGUGAAUAUGGGGAUAAAAAUGGAAUAGAGGCCAGAGAUGGUCUAUCAAAGGAGCCGGACAGCAAUCAAGAUGGGGACAGUGUGAGGAGAGAAGGAAUGGGUGAGAAAAAUGCAUUAGGGGGUCGUGAAAAGGGGGAAGUUUUGGAAGAGCAGUUGGAGAAGGAGCUUGAAGAAUCGCAAGGUGGUGAAGGCUUUGUAAAGAUGGACAAAAAGGGUCCUAGAAAUGUUACUGAGGGCAAUGAACGAAGAGAAACUUCCAAAGAACGAGGAGAUUCUAAAGAUGGGCCACAACAGAAACUCAAGAAUUCUGAAGAUGGUGAGGUGAAGGAACCGAUCGCAAUGCCAAAAGAUGAUUACUUGGAAACGCCCAAGCAUUCUCGAAAAGUUGAAAAACAAACUUUUAGAACUAAAUUGCAUAAUAAAAGACGGAAAACUAUUUCCACAGGUGGGUUGUUGAAGAUUGAGAAUUCUCGGGGCAAUGAUAAUACAAAACUGAAAGUUGAAAGCAGUGAUAGAGAUGCAGCACUGAAAGUUGAAAGCGGUGAUAGAGAUGCAGUGGAGGAUGAAAGUAGGAAGGCAAUUCCAAGUGGUGAAGAGCUAGAGAAUAUCAGGCAGUCUCGAGAUGGUAAUGAAAGUGCAAUGGAGGGUUUGGAGAUGAAUAAUGAGGGAGGAACAGUUUCUGACAACAGGUGGCCAGAAAUGGCUGAAAAUUCUAAUGACAGUGAAGGCACCAAAAUGAGAGAUGAAAGUGGUGAUAAAAACUCAUUGGAAGGUAGUGAGCAGAUGGUGGUUUCUGAUGACAGGCAGCUGGAAAUGACUGUAAAAUCUAAUGGCAAAGAUUCAAGUAUGACAGCUGAAACUGCAGAUCAAAAUGCAGUUGAACAAAUCAAACAGGAAGCUGUUUCUAAAAAUGGGCAGAUGGAAAUAGUGGAGAAUUCUCAGGUAGGUGAUAAAAACAUGUCAGAAGGCAAUGAAAAGGAAGAAGCAGUUGGUGAUGUGCAGUUGAAAGUGCCCCAAAAAUUGGGAUAUGGCAACGAUUCAACAACGAUAGUGGAAAAUGGUGAUGAAAACAAUUUGGAAGAAGGUAAGGAAUCUGAAGCAGUUUCUAACUAGGGACAGUUGGAGAUUUCUAAGAAUUUGCAAGACAGAAAAAAGUGACAAAAUCGCAUCCGAAGGUGAAGAGGAAAUAUCUAUUUCAAGAGACGGGCAGUAACUGGAGAAUUAACUGAAUCCAGCAGCAGAUGGUAUGUACUAUGUAUGGCAUACAUGUUUUCUAUAAAUAAUGGUGCCAGAUAAACAGUAGUUUUCUUUUUUGUUCCUUUGCUAUAUAGCUAUUUAGAAGAAAAAGUUAUAUGCAAAAGUUUAGAUUUUUCUA